AUGCGUGAACAACGCAUAAUUGACUCGGGAGUAAGGGACGGUGAUGCGUGGUCUUUGAAAGCUGUACGUUUACGCAUUAUGACCUAUUUUUUUCUAACCUACUCAAAACAACCCUUUUACAAUCGUCCAUUUUUUGCUGAAACGCCGACUAGCACCUGCAAAUAGACUAAACCGGCAGCUUACCUUCUACGGGAAAUCUUGCUACUGUCAUAUUAUCGUCAUCUACACCCUCGUCGUUCUAGUGAUAGUACCAUGGAGACGACGGAGUCGGAGCGUCAACAGCGUAGUGGACUUUCUGUGCUUUUGAUAGUCACGACAAGCCCUAGUUUUAUUUGUCUUGAGACUUUUCUGCAGACGAAGUUCUCAUUCGCCAUGGCGUCAUCCGGACAUUAAGUAACUGCCCUGACUCACAAACUGCUCGGCGCAUGGUAGUCAGUAGUCUGUCGCAUAUCCAUUAAAAACGUGCGUAGGUGAAAAGGAGGCCGAAUCCGGGUAGACCGGUCAUCCAACUGAUGUGACCAAAUCCGUUUCCAGCACAUAAGCUAGAAAAACUAUCAUGAAUUGCGCCUGGCUGCUGAGCUUACCUAAUUUCCUUUGUUUCUCUCUUGUUGCCUGUUCUGCUAAACCCGCCCUUCGGUCGGCCGCUGUGGUUGGCAAGGGACCAUCUUUUAAUGUGUUUGAAUUGUCUACUUACACGAUUUAAGUAGAAAGAAUUUCACUGUGGUGCUAAAGCAUCUGAGGGAAAGAGCCUGGUGGACGUAGAACGUCUGCCCUUCCACUACCCGUCAAUUUCUACUGUCUCCCUGUGUUGUUCUUACCGACGGAAUAAAUUUAUUUGUCCUUCCGCUCAGAUCCCAGACUAUCCACCGGCCUCGCGUGCCCUUCUUCAGGGCGAUGUUCAAACGGCCGCCAAGUUGGCAGCCGCCUUCCUCAUCGAGAGCGAUUUCGACAGAAUGGAGGCCCUCCUGAAUGAGGCCAGCGACUACGUCGGAAGUUUCGAAAAAUCGGUAGGUUCUCGUGGAAAUCAUUGCCUGCAAGACCUAGAAGUCUCAUUCUCUAAAUGUCCCGUCCUACAGCGUAGUUCAGACUAGACCCCAUGUUGGCACAGUUUAACUGACUUCAUAUUGUCGCUGACGUCCAUGAUGGUUUCAAGGAUGCGUUUUCAAACACGGGUUCUAUCUCUGCCUAUACCGACAUUGGCAGUUCCAGGCCCCUACCCUCUUCAGUUUCUCUCGCACCUCUGAAGAAUUGUGAUUUACGUCUACGCAGGAGAUACUUGACACGUUGUAGACGAAGGAGCAGAAAUCCCCGCGACGGAGGCCGUCCCCCUUCACUGCCCUCUUCUCCAUUUUUUGAUCCUUCCUUCUGAAACUUCUCCCCUAACAGCCAUAUCCACCCCUCCUACAGGUGAGCCGUCUGGUCGCCAUGCAAAGCCUGCAAUUGCAGCCGAACACCCCAGCCAGCUCUCCACUGCCGAAGGCGGGAGGUCGGCGUCCGGGUCAUGGAGAGGCUCAGGCCGAGAUGCACCUCAUCUCCUGGUCAGCCCUCGUCGGCGAGGCCAAGGCCCUGCUGGCCCGACUGCUUGCCGACAUGGAUUUUCGUCGCGGCCUCCUACGUUACAUUGCCAAGUGCGUUGUGGAGUCCCCGGCGCGCGGCGACUUUGACGCACCGCAGCGCGUCUGCUUCCUCUGGAGGCAGGCUGUAGAGGCCGUCAGGUGGGAGAACUUCCUCGAGCUUGCCAACCAUUUGGGCGCCUGA